AUGGGGAGUUCAUCAUCAUCUCCUGAUAAUAAAUCUCAGCAAGUUAUUAAAAAUAAAGUGAAAUUUGUAACCAAACCACAGCAUGGCAGAAAUAAGCAGAUACUAAAUAAGACAAAUGCGAGGGCACAAAAUGGCGGGAUCAAGAAAACAAAGGAGGAUAAAACCAAACCAAAAGACGGUAUCUUGAAGAAGCAUGUGGGCACUUCUAAACCAAAUACGAAAAAGUUGAUUGGUACCAAACCAAAACCCAAGAAGAAAUUAAAACGAGGCGAACCGCCACCACCAUCACCUCCAAAGUCAACCAAGGAAGAAUUAAUUGAAGAUCUGAAUUUUACCAUAAUUGAUGAGCAUGCUUUUAAUGCACCGAAUGAAUUAUUGCUAAAGUCUUAUUGGGAUCUGGUAAAAUAUUUAACAGAUGACGAUACAUGGGAGGAUCUGUGGAAAGUACGCUCUAUUUACAAAUGGAUCACUUCAUACAAUAUAAAAAGUUUACCCAUCGACUUCAUCCCACCACCUAACUCACCGUUGGAAUAUUUCUCUAAAAUACAGUGUGAUAUGGGAAACUAUGCCAAUCUUUUCUAUGUUUUAUGCCAGUUGGCAGACGUACCAUGCGUUAUCAUUGACGGUAUUGCAAAAAGCUCAGCGUUUAAGAUUGGUGAAAAAAUUAACAAAAGAAGAACAAAGGCACAAUGGAAUGCCGUUUUAAUCGAUGGUGAAUGGCGGCUUGUAGAUUUGUUUUGGGCAUCCACUUGUGUUGAAUUGAACUCAGGCGAGGCGAAAAAGAUUGCUAUAAAUAAGAACAGUUAUGAUAAAAACCAAGAUGACGAAAUGGAUGUUAAAUCUCCUGUACCUUUCCUUGUAAACGGAAAAGAAAUGGUACCUGACAAAGGCCCAGAGGACAACCGUACGGAAAAUAGACUGGAAAAUGGUGAUAUCAAAAGCAACAAAGAUAAUUCUGAACAAAAUAAAAGUGAAACAGUCAAGCCGAAAGUAAAACGAAAGAAAUUAGAUAUGAAAAAAUUCAAACAAAUGAAACAUACUGAAGAUGCCGAUGACUGUUAUUUCCUGACUGAUCCACGUGACCUUCUUUGGACACAUUUACCUGACGACGAAGACUGGCAACUUGUUGAAAAACAACUACCGUUUCUUGAAUUUGAGAAAAGAGUUUAUGUCAGAGAAAGAUUGUAUGAACUCGGAAUUGGAUUCGAAGGAAAACACAACGUUCAGUGCAAACACAAAACAAAACAAGGAAAAGUUUCCUUAGAUUUGAAGCUUCCACGGCGUUGGGCAGCAAAACUUGGGUUCAGAUAUAAUUUUUAUCGAUCAAAGUCGACCGCAUUUUGUAAAGAAGACGACGACGGAUCAUUGGAACAUUGUGUCGAAUGGGAGGUUAAAGGUGACAUUCUAGAGAUAGAUAUCAAUAUUCCUGUAUAUGGUCAAUUCAGAUUAGAUCUUUUUGCUAAAAAUCCUUUGUUUCGAGCAGUGAGAGAAUUUGACCUCAUAUGUUCUUACAUAGUAUACAGUCCAAUGCCGCCAAGAAUAGAGAUCCCGCUUCCGGAUCACCCGGAACUUGGCUGGGGUCAGAACAAACAAUCAGACAAGGUUGGUUUAAAACCAAUUAGUCAUAAAUUGUCUAAAAUUAGUACAGACAAUGGACACUUGGAGCUAAAAUUCCAGGGUCAAAAGAAUUUAAACUUAAAUGUGAGGUUAAAACACAGAAUAUUGGACGAAGGAACAUUGUCUCAAUAUUCUACACUACGUUGGCAUGACGGCGAGUACAUUUUAAAUUUAAGGCUACCUAAAGAUGGUUAUUACGCAAUGAAACUGUACGGAAAGACAACAGAACCAGGCAAGUCUAAUCUAUUGAAUUAUCUCAUUCGGUGCAGAUGUAAGAAGCCGAACGACGAACCGUUUCCGAUUCUUAGUCAAACUAUGCUGGGUGAAGCGGUUUUGGCAAAAAGUUUGGGUAUUAGAGUUCUAGAUAAAGAAAAUGGAAUUGCUACCGCUGGUAAGGGAAGGGGUAAAAUACAUUUCUGUUCCGAGAUGAUGAGUGAUUCUUUAAUGUAUGAAAUACACUCAAAUGAUCCCGAGGCCAUGAAGCGGGUGAAUUUGAUUAUAAAAAAUGAACAUGGAAUAGAAAGCGUCCAUUAUAUAUUACCAGUUGCCGGAGAAUAUUUCUUCUCUGUUUACACACACAAGGACAAUGAUAUAACCAAGCUGUACACUGUAUAUACUUCAUUGAUUCACUCAACGGGCAGUAUUGGUGAUAGUGUUUUCUCUCCACGUUUAGCAAUUGGGGACAAUAAAGGAUUUUGGCAUGGAAAACAUAUAAUUCCCAUUGAGACAAUAGAGGCAAUAGAAAAAGAAGUGUACCUACCUUACCCGGAAUCUCCAUAUGAAUUAGUUGCUUAUUUAGAUACAAAUCAAGGAAAUGGUCCUCAGAAAACAAGUGCCAUUGAAAAAGUCAUUGUUGAUGACGAGGUUUUGUUCAAAGUUACAGUACCAGAUGUCAAUUACUGUGCAGUGAACGUAUUUCAGAGAAAUGAUGGAAACCUCAUCAAAACAAUUAACAAAUAUUUUAUAACUACCGCCACAGAGGAAAGUUCUAAUGAAGAUGUGAUGGAGGAGGACUUUCCUCUCUACUCCAAAACACCGGAUCUAGACCAAGAUGACAUAAACGAAAAACGAAAAGAGUAUAUGAGAAAGAAAAUGAGGGAGGCAGAAUACUAUAAAGACCCGGAAGUUCUGAAUAAUCUAAUAUACAAAUACGAAGAUCAGAACCCAGAUAUCGACGACUCUAUGUUAAUAAAUGUCAAACGAAUGGCUAAGAAACUUGAAGCAAGGCAAGUGCUUCUUGAUGCCUAUGAAUCUAGAAACAUACAAGAUGUAGAGAGAGGGAUUGCAUUGGCUCAGAUAGCUGACGUCGAUGGGUCACUUCAGUUUGAAGUCAUGCAUGCAAAGCGAUUACUAAACAGACUUAAAAUGAUACAUAGAAUAAGAGAGACUAUCAUGGAUGCUGACGGCAAGGCUAUAGGGGAAGGUAGAAAGUAUGCCAACCCACCCAAACCUGUAAAACACUCGCUAAUGGCAACACUGGUCUUACUGGGAUUCCCGUCAUAUGUUGUAGAGGAUUGGUCGACUACCCAAGGUAUUUUAUGGAAAAUGGACAAUGACUCUAUCCAAAAUAAGAUGGCAAGAUUUGAUCCUUCAAUGUGUCCACUUGAAUUCGCACUUGAUGCCAAAAAAUAUACCGACCAGUAUUCCUUGGACUUUAUCAAGACCGUGAGUCCACUUGGCACUGCUUUUUAUGUCUGGACAACACAAAUGAUCAGAGAAAUUGAGUCGAUGGCUGGAACACUAGGUGGUUACAGUGACGUUUACCAUGACAACGAUGUAGAAUCACAAAAUUAUAGCGACAAAGAAAACUCGAACAGGGAACCAGUGACUACAGGAGUAGAUACCCCAUUCGACGGACCGGAAAUGCCUCCUGUUAACCAUCCACCAACCGACAGGUCACAUCGAUUCAAGGGACCGGAAAUGCCCCCUGUUAACAAUCCACCAACCGAUAGUUCACAUCGCAUUGAUAACUUUAAUGGAAAUAGGAAACAGCCAGAAACUCAUACAGGACAUACAUUUGUACGGGUUACGCCUACUGGAGAAACUCAUUAA